AUGUCCAUCCUAGCGACGAAGAUAGAAUCCGACCUCCUGGCGGCCUGCCAGGCUCGUGAUGCGGAGGCCUUUCGCGCGGCUUUUGCCACCCUCGAUCAAAAACGCUCCGACCUCCCUUUUGAAGCGAUCCCUGCCGCCCUCUCCCUCCGCUGUUGUGAGGAGGCGAUUUGGAUGGAAGUAUGGGAGAUUGCGGAUCUCUGCCUUGCUCGCCUUCGCGCGGAGGCAACUCUCACCCCGAUUCUCGAAUCCCGCGUGCUUUUCUGUGAAUCUCGGCUGCGUUGCCAACGAAAUGACGACGACGCCGCGCGAGGUGGGGAUUGGAUUCAACAUCGCCACGCCUGCGCGGCGUUGGCGGUGCAGGGGAUCAAACUCGCGCUCCGGCAAACCCCAUGCGAGAUGCGCCUUGUGAUGGAGGGCGCGGAUCUCCUUUGGGGGAUUGUCGAGCCGAUUUAUUUUUCCGGCAACUUCGCCGCCGUUCUUGAGGUGGUGGUGUUUUUAAAAUCGCUCUACGAUCGUUUGGGGAUUGGUGGGGGUUACACACGCAUGCAGUGGGGGAUUCGCCACGCCACCUGUCUUCGCGGGCUCGGCCUCCCGCAGGAUGCGCUGCCAAUCGUGAACGAAGCAAUGGAGAUCUCAAGUCGGCUCCAUCACGAUCGGUUGCAUCUGCAACUCCAGCGUUUUUUAAGCCUCACGCUGGCGGAGAAGGAUUUGGGGAAUUCGAAAACCACCCGAGGGGAGGGCAGCAGCCUCGGCAGCGUGAAAGGGUUGUAUCAACACACCGUGCAUCUCACGCAACUCAUUAUGAGUGGGCAUAUCGAGCUCAACCCCGCGGUGUAUCUCGAUUUGAUCAACUUAUACGAACGCAUCAACGCCUCUCAGAAGCGAAAGACCUCCGAUCCGUUCACGGAGACCGCGAUGAUGGCCUCCUCGAUGGUGAAGAUCACCCCUCACCCCAAAGGUGGGAAAUCGGCCAAAAAUCAGCAGCAACAGCUUCAAAUCACGGAAAACGACAUUACGGAUCCCCAGGUGCAGCAAGAGGUGCUGGGGGAUUUGGUUUUUUGUUUGGUGGUGUACGGCGAGGAGGAAUGGGGAGGACGGGCGGGACGGAUUCUGCAACAACUCGCGCGAAACGCCGGAGCGCGAGGGCGGGUGUUGGCCGCCCUCGUUGAUGCGGUUGGGGUGGGGUUGAAAGGGUGGCAGACCUUCCACGCCACGAGCCUCCCGCCGGAUGCCCCGUUUGCCCGUCGUUCCGCCCAACUCGAGCUUCUACGGCAGAUUCGCAAAGUGGAAAAGCUGCUGCCGAUCCUUCCGACGAUUCCCGAUCGUUCGGAUCGGUUAUACGUCUUGAUGUUGGUUUGCUUCGUGCUGUGGAAGCUUUGCCUGCCGUUGUUGAACACCGACGUGUGUGGGCAUCUUAGCAGCACGCUGGAUCACAUGAUUAAGGCGCUCGAGGGCUACCCGAACGCCUUUAUCCCGCCAUACGUCGUUUAUUUGUUCUACGAAUCCAGCCUGGCGGAGUUGAAUCACGGCAGCCUCUCCGUGGCGAGGCUUCGCGCCGAAAAGGCGUUGCUUUGGAACCAACGGCAUUUUUUUUACCGCCAUCACGCGCGCGUCGGGGGGGUGGCGCCGCAUGCGAUGGAAUUCGCGAUCAUGUGGCUUCGCCAUUGCAUCGAGGUGGCGGAUGGCAUGGCGUUCAACCACACCCCCGCAUCCCUGGGGGAUGAGGAUCAGGUGUUGUUUUUGAUUAUGCAAGCUAAACGGGCGAAAAAGGGUAUGAAACGCGUGCAAUUUUUGAAAGACGCCUAUGCGAAAUUGGCGGCGUUGGAAUCGAUGAACGACAAGGGGAGAGGGGGGUCCGUGGAAGGGGAAUCCACCGGGGCGCCGAGCACCUCGAGCUCGAUGCUGCCGGAAACGCCCGCGUUGAUCCCAUUGCGGCGCCGGACGCGGGCGUCGUCGAGAAUGCCGAGCGCGUUAAUCGCGGAAUGCCCCCCGCGGCGGUCUUUGGUGGAGCUUUGCGCGAUGUUUUUGCAGGAAUGCCGUCGUGAGAUGACGCCCUCGCUGCUCACGAUGAUGAAAACAACCGCGGGCGUCUUGUGCGGGCUGUCGAUUCGCCCGGACGGCCGCUUUCCCGAGUUGGUGCACCUUCAGGCGCAGGCGCACCUCAUCUACGCCGAAAUCAUCGCCCUCGAAUCGGACGGAAACGCGGCAAAAGGGGAGUUUCACGCGUUGGAAGGCGCGGAAUUCCUUGUGCAGGCGACUGUCUUGGAUGCGGCUUGCGUCGCGCGAGGGGCCUCCACAGGGUGGGUAACGGUCUCCGCGUGUGAGCUCUUUCUCCGGCAAUACAACGCCCAUUUAUUGUUGGAUAACGGCGGGAAUCGCGGCAUGCAUCAUUACCUGAACGAAUUAUACACGAACCACGCCCGGUUGAACACCCUGGUGGCUUCUGGGGACCCCACGUUAUCCGUCAACCUCGCGUUCGCGUACGUUCUCUCCAUGAUUCGGGAGUACAUCGAAAGCAAAGGCGCCAUCCACGACGAGCUCGCCGUCGUCAACGUGGAGGAGUUCAUCCGGCGGUUGUUUGGGUAUCCGAAAACGGACGCGAACCACCCACUGCUGCGAAAAGCCUACGAGGUUUGCCAGGAGGUCGUGCAACGCGUGAAGGAGCCGUCCUGUAAGGUGCAUCUUUGCCUGCUCCUCCCCUGCCUUUGUCGUCUGCUGGGGAUGACGCCGAAGACGGAUCCGACGGCGCCGCCGCAGGAGCAGCUGCUGCAUCUCCUCGGCCGCGUUUCCGGGCCGAUCCCGCGCGAGGAAAAACUCGCGCUUUUGAAAAAAGAAAUGAUGGAACUCCUCGCGGUAGAUCCGUCGGUGCAGCUCUGCGGCCGCGUCGCGAUGCUCGCGCUGGAGCUCCAUCAGGAUCACCUCGUGGCGGAGGCCUUUCGAUGGGGGAACGCGCUCUACGCGAAAGGCCGACUCGCCUGGGGCUCCUCGCCCCCACGGACGAGCGUUUCCCCGGGGAGCACCCUCGCGAACUCCACCAACUCCACCAUCACGACACCGUUGCGAAACGAUCCGCCCGCCUUUCCAUCCUCCCCGUUGGAUACGGAGGGUUCGAAUCCCCUUCUUCCCCCGCUUUCCACGACCCCGAUGCAGCCGAAUUCGGAGGAUUGGAUGUGGUACGCGCGGCUGUUAUACUGCCAGGCCCUCACCUUCCAUCGACGCAUCCCGCAAGCGAGCCUCGCGAUCGCGCGGCGGCUCUAUGAGGGGAUCCUUUCCCUCGCCACGAACGCCUCCCUGGCGGUGGCGUUCGCGUUGGAGGCCUCCCCGCCCUCUCGCGCGCACCUCGUGGAGGGGGCCCUCGCGCUUUAUUAUGAGGCCUUCUGCGGGGUCGGGUUCGCGGGGCAUCGCCCUCCCCCGGCGAUUUUGGUUUCCAGCUUGAAGGUGAUGCUUUCAAAACGCAUCCUGAGCCUCGUGUUGGACGGGAAGGAGAUCCCAAGCGAGGAGGAAGAAGGAGGGGGAGGGAGGGGUGCGCGGAAGACGACCUCCCGGCUUCAUCAAUCGCUUUGUCAGAUGAGCGCCGGUUGGUUUCGCGCCUACGCGAUCACCAACGCGCGCGUGGCGGAGGUCGUCAGCGGGCUCGCUUACCUUCGUUCUAAAUUACCGCUGUCGUUGCAAAAGCAGCUGGCUUUACUCGAGAUCGUCUACACCGGGCGGGUGAAUCAACCGGGGGAGCAGAAGGUGUCGGAUAUGCUCGGGUGUGAUGCCGCCACGAAGGCGCUCGCGUGGAUGGCGCUCGCGCGAUCGGCGCCGCAAGGAGGGGGGGGGGAGCGUUUUGGACGCCAAACGCGAUGCCGCCACGGUCGUCCGCCGCGUUUUCGUCCGCGGCCGGCUCGGGAUCGUCGUCGUCGCUCAUGGCGGUUUGGGAGGAUGCGUUGA